CGUGCCGCAACACCCCGAUAUCAGCGCGAGCGAACGUCGUGCGACAAACAAGAGGCACUCAAACGAAGAUGUCUGAGCCGGAGGCCAAGCGGGCCAAGGAGGAGAAGAAGACUGAUGGGAAGGAGGCACCCGAGGACGCACCAAAGCCUGAGCACCCGAUCGUGUUUAUGGACAUUGAGGUUGGCGGCCAUGCUCUUGGCCGCAUGAAGUUUGAACUCUUCAGCUCCACCUGCCCCAAGACAGCAGAGAACUUCCGCCAGCUCUGCACUGGUGAAUACAGAAAAGACGGCAUCCCUCAGGGCUACAAAGGCAGCAAGUUUCAUCGCGUCAUCAAGGACUUUAUGAUCCAGGGCGGCGAUUACGUGAAGGGGGAUGGCACGGGCACUGCCAGCAUCUAUGGCGGCAAGUUUGCUGACGAGAACUUCAUCCACAAGCACACAGAUGUCGGCGACCUCUCAAUGGCCAACAGCGGGCCCAACACCAACGGCUGCCAGUUCUUCAUCACGUGCACAAAAUGUGACUUCCUCGACAACAAACACGUCGUCUUUGGUGCGUGCGUGCGUGUGCGUACAGACAAACAACACGAGCACCACCACCAACAAACACAGCACGGCACAUGCAAGGGAAUAUGA